AUGGACACUCAAGAUGGUGAGCUUAAGGUGAAAGCUAACCAGGGUCAUAACAGGCGACUCGGCGCCCUAUUGGCUGACAAUCCGGCCGAAAUGACCAUGGUCACCGAUGAUGUGCCCGUCGCGGUGCACGGCACCUAUUAUAAGGCGUGGCCAGCCAUCAGCAAACAGGGUCUCAAGUGUAUGAGUCGAGUGCAUAUACACCUGACCCCCCAUCUGGACCGGUGUAUGCCUGUGGGCACCCGCGACCGCCCGGUCAGUGGCUUUCGCGCCAACUGCGAGCUCUUGGUAUACGUGGACGUGAGGGCCGCCCAAUCCGAUGGUUACCUCUUUUACAGGUCCGAGAAUAAUGUGAUUCUGACCCCCGGUGUGGACAGUACACUGCCGGCCAAGUACUUCAUCAAGGUGAUUGAUAGGCAAACUGGGAACAAUAUACUUAAUAACAGCUAG